AUGAUGACACCUGGGCCUGGGGUUGACCUUGCUGGUGCUGUGCUUGCGACAAUGUGGCAUGGGUCUGCGCUAGGCCUUGCGAUUGCUGCUGUGUUGGGUCUUGCAUCUGGCGUAGCAGUGUUAGUACCUGGAACAGGCGGUGCCGUGGACGAUCCCUGGCCGUGCGAUUGGGCUUGCUGCUUACUACAGGAACUUCGACUAUACGAGGACCGCGAUGAGAGAAGAUGGACCACCUUGAGUGUUGCUGGAGUUCAAUUGCUCCAUCGGUAUCGGGGCGAGAGUGGCGGACGAACGACGAUCAGCGUUCGAGAAGGGAUGUCCGAGUACUGCGAGUGUGUUGUCCAGGAGAACAACUAUGAGUACCGCGUGCUGCAGAGGACUGAAAGAACAGAGAUGACUCACCUGGGCACCAUUUUGCACGCCGUCGAAAAGGCAUUGUGGUAUUCAACGGGCUUGGAUAGGUGGACGUCGCGUAGCAUUGUUCUAGAGUGA